AUGGCGGUUGUUUUCACUGUUUGGAUAUUCGUGCUACUGAUGAUGCAGUCGUACUGUGAAGGAAUCGAAUUGGAUAUUCGCAUGCCUAAUGUUUCACCACUUAAGCUUUUUGGAAAGUACUGUGCUAUUCCUACUAACACAUAUUGUGUGUAUUGUCAUUCCUCGUUAUUAGCUAAAUUCAUCCCACAUGCUGAUAUGCACAUAGCACAUCAUAUGUUAAUGUUUGGAUGUGGGGAUCCCGCCGAUCAAAGUUUGUCCUGGAAUUGUGGGGACAUGGGUAUUGGUGUGUGCGGACAAGGCUCACCAGAGCGUAUAAUGUAUGCAUGGGGUAGAAAUGCCCCGCAAUUGUAUCUACCAAAAAAUACAGCUUUCAAAGUUGGUGGUAAUUCUGGAAUCAAAUAUCUAGUACUUCAAGUACAUUACGGUCUAGUGGAUGAAAGAAUAAAAGACGAAUCAGGGUUAACAUUAAAGAUGACAGAUAAAAAGUUUCGUUUAUUGUCAAUUAAAUUACAUUUUCAAAAUGCCAGUAUCAUUUACUUCACAGGGCAUAUAGAUGCAGACUGUUUAUACAAUGGACAAGCUGUUUUGCAUCCCUUUGCAUUUAGUGUGCAUACAAACAAUCUGGGUAUGGUUGUCACUGGAUACCGUGUGCGAAAUGGUGAAUACACUUUAAUUGGAGAAAAAAACCCACAGAGACCUCAGGCGUUCUAUCCUGUAGUUAAUAACGUAGAUAUACGUCAAGGUGAUAUGUUGGAACUGCAGUGUGUAUAUAGUACCACGAAGAAGAAAACUGUAACUUAUAUAGGUGCCACAACGGAAGACGAGAUGUGUAAUUAUUACAUGAUGUUUUUUUAUACCAAUGACCAAACUGAAGUGAGAGGGGAUAUGGAAUGUAUGAACGUGGCUUCCGACUCAUUAAACAUCUCCGUUGAUGAGUGA